AAGUGUCAGUCCCCCCCAUGUUAUCCAAGGCAGAGGCAUCGGGGGAGGUGUGGGGAAGUCGCCUCUUUUUCAGGGACCUGUGGGGGCAGUGAGAGCAGAGAGUUGGUGUGGAGUUCCUGGGGAAGGCUGGGGAGGGGCGGGAUGGGCACUGGGGAGGAGUCUGGAAAGGGGAAUGAAGGGUUGCCCUCAGCUUCCUGGCCUCACGCCUGUGUCACCUUCUCCAGGGUCUCCCAUGGGAUUGCUGGGACCUUGCUGGGUGAGAUGGCAUUGUGCGCAAAGAAGCGCCCCCCAGCUCCUGUGCGUCCCCGGGGGGCCGCCCCAUCGGAGCCGCUGAGGCCGAGGACAGACCGACAGACAGCCCGCCCUUCCCCCGCUCAAACUGGGAUCAUGACGGUCCCCAAGGAGAUGCCCGAGAAGUGGGCCCGGGCCGGGGCGCCCCCUUCCUGGAGCAGAAAGAAGCCCUCCUGGGGGACAGAAGAAGAAAGGAGGGCACGGGCCAAUGACCGAGAAUACAAUGAGAAGUUCCAGUAUGCGAGUAACUGCAUCAAGACCUCCAAGUACAAUAUUCUCACCUUCCUGCCUGUCAACCUCUUUGAGCAGUUCCAGGAAGUGGCCAAUACCUACUUCCUGUUCCUUCUCAUCCUGCAGUUGAUCCCGCAGAUCUCUUCCCUGUCCUGGUUCACCACCAUUGUGCCUUUGGUUCUUGUCCUCACCAUCACAGCUGUUAAAGACGCCACUGAUGACUAUUUCCGCCACAAGAGUGAUAACCAAGUGAAUAACCGUCAGUCUCAGGUGCUGAUCAAUGGAAUCCUCCAGCAGGAGCAGUGGAUGAAUGUCUGUGUUGGUGAUAUUAUCAAGCUAGAAAACAACCAGUUUGUGGCGGCGGAUCUCCUCCUCCUCUCCAGCAGCGAGCCCCAUGGGCUGUGUUACAUAGAGACAGCAGAACUUGACGGAGAGACCAACAUGAAAGUGCGACAGGCGAUUCCUAUCACCUCGGAAUUGGGAGACAUCAGUAAGCUUGCCAAGUUUGAUGGUGAAGUGAUCUGUGAACCUCCCAACAACAAGCUGGACAAAUUCAGCGGAACCCUCUACUGGAAGGAGAACAAGUUCCCCCUGAGCAACCAGAACAUGCUGCUGCGGGGCUGCGUGCUGCGCAACACGGAGUGGUGCUUCGGGCUGGUCAUCUUCGCAGGUCCUGACACUAAGCUGAUGCAGAACAGUGGCCGGACAAAAUUCAAGAGAACAAGUAUUGAUCGCCUAAUGAACACACUGGUGCUCUGGAUUUUUGGAUUCCUGGUCUGCAUGGGGGUGAUCCUGGCCAUUGGCAAUGCCAUUUGGGAACAUGAGGUGGGGACACGCUUCCAGGUCUACCUGCCCUGGGAUGAGGCGGUGGACAGUGCCUUCUUCUCUGGCUUCCUCUCCUUCUGGUCCUACAUCAUCAUCCUCAACACCGUCGUGCCCAUAUCACUCUAUGUCAGUGUGGAGGUCAUUCGCCUGGGCCACAGCUACUUCAUCAACUGGGACAAGAAGAUGUUCUGCAUGAAGAAGCGGACGCCCGCCGAGGCCCGCACCACCACCCUGAACGAGGAGCUGGGCCAGGUGGAGUACAUCUUCUCCGACAAGACGGGCACCCUCACCCAGAACAUCAUGGUCUUCAACAAGUGCUCCAUCAACGGCCGCAGCUAUGCUCCAGGCAGUGGGGCCGCUCCUUGGUGGUUUGAACAGAUGCCCAGGACGCUGGCCGCUGGGCGCCCCCGGCCAGGUGACGUGUUUGAUGUCCUGGGACACAAAGCUGAAUUGGGAGAGAGGCCCGAACCCGUCGACUUCUCCUUUAAUCCUCUGGCUGACAAGAAGUUCUUGUUUUGGGACCCCACUCUCUUGGAGGCUGUCAAGAUGGGGGACCCCCACACCCACGAGUUCUUCCGCCUCCUCUCUCUGUGUCACACCGUCAUGUCAGAAGAGAAAAGCGAAGGGGAGCUCUACUACAAAGCCCAGUCGCCAGAUGAGGGGGCCUUGGUCACUGCAGCCAGGAACUUUGGUUUUGUAUUCCGCUCUCGUACCCCCAAAACCAUCACUGUCCACGAGAUGGGCACCGCCAUCACCUACCAACUGCUGGCCAUCCUGGACUUCAACAACAUCCGCAAACGGAUGUCGGUCAUAGUGCGGAAUCCAGAGGGGAAGAUAAGACUAUACUGCAAAGGGGCUGACACCAUCUUGCUGGACAGACUCCAUCAUUCUACCCAAGAGCUGCUCAACACCACCACUGACCAUCUGAAUGAGUAUGCGGGCGAAGGGCUGAGAACCCUGGUCCUGGCCUACAAGGAUCUGGAUGAAGAAUACUACGAGGAGUGGGCCGGGAGACGGCUCCAAGCCAGCCUGGCUCAGGAUAGCCGGGAGGACCGGCUGGCCAGUGUCUAUGAAGAGGUUGAGAGCGACAUGAUGCUACUGGGUGCCACAGCCAUUGAGGACAAGCUUCAGCAAGGGGUUCCGGAGACCAUUGCCCUCCUGACGCUGGCCAACAUCAAGAUCUGGGUGCUGACUGGAGACAAGCAAGAGACGGCCGUGAACAUUGGCUAUUCCUGCAAGAUGCUGACGGACGACAUGACAGAGGUGUUCAUCGUCACUGGCCACACGGUCCUGGAAGUGCGAGAGGAGCUCAGGAAAGCCCGGGAGAAGAUGAUGGAUUCAUCCCGUGCUGUGGGCAAUGGCUUCACCUACCAGGAGAAACUUGCUUCUUCCAGGCUCACCUCUGUCCUGGAAGCUGUGGCUGGGGAGUAUGCCCUAGUUAUCAACGGGCACAGCCUGGCCCAUGCGUUAGAGGCAGACAUGGAGCUGGAGUUUCUGGAGACGGCCUGUGCCUGCAAAGCUGUCAUCUGCUGCCGGGUGACUCCCUUGCAGAAGGCACAGGUGGUGGAACUGGUUAAGAAGUACAAGAAGGCUGUGACCCUGGCCAUCGGGGAUGGAGCCAAUGACGUCAGCAUGAUCAAAACGGCUCACAUUGGCGUGGGCAUCAGCGGGCAGGAAGGGAUCCAGGCGGUGCUGGCCUCUGACUACUCCUUCUCCCAGUUCAAAUUCCUGCAGCGCCUUCUGCUGGUGCAUGGACGCUGGUCUUACCUGCGAAUGUGCAAGUUCCUCUGCUAUUUCUUCUACAAGAACUUUGCUUUCACCAUGGUCCACUUCUGGUUUGGCUUCUUCUGCGGCUUCUCAGCCCAGACAGUCUAUGACCAGUACUUCAUCACCCUUUAUAAUAUCGUGUACACCUCCCUCCCAGUCCUGGCUAUGGGGGUCUUCGAUCAGGACGUCCCGGAGCAGCGGAGCAUGGAGUACCCUAAGCUCUACGAGCCAGGCCAGCUGAACCUCCUCUUCAACAAGCGGGAGUUCUUCAUCUGCAUCGCCCAGGGCAUCUACACAUCCGUGCUCAUGUUCUUCAUCCCCUAUGGGGUGUUCGCUGAAGCCACUCGGGAUGACGGCACCCAGCUAGCUGACUACCAGUCCUUUGCGGUCACCGUGGCCACCUCGCUGGUCAUCGUGGUCAGUGUGCAGAUUGGACUGGAUACUGGCUACUGGACAGCCAUCAACCACUUCUUCAUCUGGGGCAGCCUGGCGGUUUACUUUGCCAUCCUCUUUGCCAUGCACAGCAAUGGGCUCUUCGACAUGUUUCCAAACCAAUUCCGGUUUGUGGGUAAUGCCCAGAACACCCUGGCCCAGCCGACAGUGUGGCUGACCAUCGUGCUCACCACGGUCGUCUGCAUCAUGCCUGUGGUCGCCUUUCGGUUUCUCAGGCUGAACCUGAAGCCGGAUCUCUCGGACACGGUCCGCUACACCCAGCUGGUGAGGAAGAAGCAGAAGGCCCAGCACCGCUGCAUGAGGCGGGUGGGCCGCACUGGGUCCCGGCGCUCUGGCUACGCCUUCUCCCACCAGGAGGGCUUCGGGGAGCUCAUCAUGUCUGGCAAGAACAUGCGGCUCAGCUCCCUGGCGCUCUCCACCUUCACCACCCGCUCCAGCUCCAGCUGGAUCGAGAGCCUCCGCAGGAAGAAGAGUGACAGCGCCAGCAGCCCCAGCGGAGGGGCCGACAAGCCCCUCAAGGGGUGAAGGCCAGAAGGCGGACGCUCCGUGCCGGUGAUCAGUCAGCUCACGCGGGGCUGGCCGGCCGGCCGCCCAGAGGACAGCGUCUGUCUCAGAGCUGCGGGUCCUCAUUCCUCGCCUAGGUCCUCAUCCCUUCUCUCCUGGUAGACUCUGUCCUGCUGGUCCUGCUAGGAGCGGCUGGGGCAUCCCCAGCCCAGGGCCCUCUGAGCAGCUGGGAGGGCAGAGGGGGCGGGCCCCAAUCACAGAGUGGGGCUGGGAUAUUGGCCACCAGCCCCCACUAGGGGCUCAGAUGUGGACCCAAAAGCAGUAGAAAAACUGUGAGAGAUUGUGUCUGCCCUGCCCUGCCUGGGAGCCCACAGGGAGACCGUAAUCUCUGUAUUUUUUUACUCCCGCUCCCCAGAGGGGCCCCAGGGCCCCGUUCCUGAAUUACACAAGAAUGUAUCAUGCCGGGAAGCCAGAGACCUGCGGGGCCUGGGCCCCUCACAGGGUGUGCGUCUCUCUUUGAUUUGUGUUUGUGUCCAGUUUGGUUUCGUCUUUUUUUUAAUUUGGCAAGUGGAGGCGGCCUUUGUGUGACUUUUAUGUUAUGUUGGUGUCUUAACUCUCUGGGGGAAGAGGAGGCCGGCAGCCCCGGGUGUACCCCAGCCUGGCUGGAAGGGGAGCAGCUUGGGGGGAGCCCUUCAGCAGCUGGUGCCCUUGAGGGACCCCGAGGCUGACCCGGGAGGGAGCUGCCCAUCAGCCAGAGGGUGUUGGGAGAAUAUACAGGGCUGUUUGGUCCUGUCUCCUUCCUCACCUUGAGAGUGAUGUGCUGCCCCCUCCCCCACUCCCUCCCGCCCCACACAGCUAACUCCUGGAUUCCGUAAGUCCUGCUGGUACCGGACUGGAGCCUGGGAGAGUGGCCCCGUCCUUCUCAGUGACCCAAAGCUGGGUGUGAAAAGUCGUCCUGAAAACAUUUUCUGUAAUUGCGAAUUUAGACCUAAGUUCAUGGGCAGAGUCCAUUCUGACUUCCCUUCUCCCUCCUCGUUGGUGUCUUUCGGCACCUGAGGCGGCCUGGGACGGGAAGCUGAGCACCGGGAGGUGAGGCUGAAGGGAAGCCCACCUCUGCUGCUGCUUCUGGCAACAGGGGUCCCACCCGCUCCAGGCCCGGCAUCCGGCAGGAGGUGGUGGGGGAAGGCAGAGGAGACUCGGUGCCGGGCCCGGUCUGGACAGCAGAGCCCCGGCUCGGCAGUCUUUCCUCUCCACAGUCCACACCUACGAGCUCUUCCCCUAGUUAGGUGUCUCCCAAGUUAGUUGCCCCCAAAUCACCUUGGGCAGAACUUUUUCCUUGUCUUUGGUAGUGGAGGGGUUACUCAGGAAUGGGGUGGAGCUGGGAGUGAGGGAUGUGGUAGUCCCAUGGGAAUUGGAGGUGUUAUGGUGAGGCGGGUGGGUGGGCAGGGGACAGGGGUGGGGAAAGCUUGACAGGGAAAUUCCUUUUGGCCACACGGUUUACAAAUUCAACAUCAUGUCUGUUUGUGUGUCUCUCAAGGUGAGAGUCUGAUUUUUAUACCAAAGAAGAAAUGAUUUUUUUUCAUAUUUGGUUUGUCUAUAUUAUAUAAAUAUAAAUAUAUAUAUAUAUAUACAGUUAUAUAUAUUAUUUUUUUGGUUCUCUCUCAUUUUUUAGGGAGGGAGGAAAGUAUCAAGUUGCAUUGAGCUGUAAUUAAGGAACAUUCUGUAUAAUUUAUGACACAUUUCUAUACUUGCAAAAAUUAUAUCAUUUUAUGGAUAUAAGAGAAAAAUGCCUUUUUAUAAAAUUGUGAUUUCUGAAAA